GUUACGUGGAAAAAAAGUAGGCUUGAUAUUUCUAAAGGUGAGGUUAGGUUCUUGUGAAAAAAGUAAACAUUGAUAAAAAAAAUCCUACAAAAAAUGUGGAAAACAUUCCAAUAUGAGACCAAUUCGUACAUGAUCAAAAUAGUCGAAAUUGACAAUCUCAGACUCGUCCUGACUGAUUUUCAAAAUAUUUGGGUGCAAGACAUUGCAAAACAUGAACUUUUGCAUCAGUUUCAAGAAGCCAACCCCUUGUUUGACAUUAAAGUAGAUGAAGUUGUGUGUGAAGUGAUCGAGACCAUUAAUAAAAUUUCUGGCCCCAUUAACAUUGAAAUAUUAGAAACUGAUGAGGGGCUCCAUCUGCUCUUAGACUCAAUAAAGUCGGGAGACAUAACACAGUUCAAAUUUAAUUUACGAAAAUCGACAUCAGAAACCUUUUUCAAAGAAAUUACAAUGCCAUUGAUUCAAACAGUGAAACACUUAGAGGAACGUCAAAAUAUGUUAAUUAAUUUACUCCAAAAAAAAGAUAAAGAGUUGGAGCAAUAUAAACUUGAGAAAGGCCCAAUUUCGAGAAGUGAUUUAAUUACCGAAAAGUUUGACGAAGAGAAGCUGAGUAGUAUUGAUGAUAAGUCAAUGAUGAAUGUUUUUGGUCAAAAUGAAACGUUUUGGGAGAAUUUUGUGAGCCAAGAUGACAACAUAGCGCACGUUGAAGAUGACAGUGAAAUGGAGCAGUGUUCUCCACCUGAGAAAACCACCACAGCAGUCGAGAAUUUCCUACCAGAGAAGAGUAAAAGUCGCUACGAAAAGUCCUACAGGGCGUACAAAGACUGGUGUUGUACUCAACGAAUCCAUAAUGUCAAUCUAGAAAGUGUUUUACUUGCUUAUUUCAUCGAUUUGGCUAAAGAUAAAACGCCGUCAACUUUAUGGGCCACGUACUCUAUGUUGAGAUCAACAAUGGGCAUCAGGGAAAACACUGACAUUUCAAAAUUUUCAAGAGUGAAAGCUUUUCUCAAAAAACAAAGUGUGGGUUACAAACCCAAAAAGUCGAGUACUUUUACUAAAAACGACAUUGACAGAUUUUUGAAGGACGCACCCAUGGAAUUUCUCCCCCAAAAAGUGGCUUUGAUACUUGGGGUGUCAGGCGCUUGCCGAGCCGACCAACUUUUUAAAAUGAGUACUGAUUAUUUGCAUUUUUUGGAUAAAGACAAAGUCAUUGUUUCCAUUCCGGACGCACCAACAUUUUUUAUUUCCAAUCCCGAGUGGGUCACUAUAUUGAAACAUUARUGUAUAGAUUUGCGACAGAAUAUCGACAAUAACAGACUGUUUAUGCAAAUAAGACARAARAAAAUGACAAKASAGRCUUUUGYUCAUAACACAGUUUCAAUGUUUCCCAAAAAAAUUGCAACUUUUUUGAAAUUGAAAAAUCCGGAGAACUUCACAGGGCAUUGCUAUAGGAGAACUGCCUCGUUACUAGGUGAUGUUUUACAGUUGAAGAUGUUAAGGGGCGCGAAAUCUCCUACAGUGGAUGAAAACGAGGAAAAUUCCGUAGAAACACAUAAAGAAGUUGUAUUUGUGUCGACUGCGUCCUCUGACGGCGAUCCUCUUGGUGAUCCUUUAGAGUGCAAAGUUGAUAUAAAAGAAGAAGUUUUUCCUUAGGACGAAGUGUUACUCAUAUUUUUAUGUUUUUCUGUAAAUACGUAUUAAAUUAUUAUUCUUAUUUACAAUUUUGUAAUUAUUGAUUUUAAUAAAAUUGUUAUAAAACACACUUUUUUCUUCAAAAAUUAGCCUUCUUUGAACUUAUACAUAAGACUCAAGAAAUUCGAUAUUUUUUCCUGUUUGAAUUAUUGCAAAAGUGUUAAAUAUGCUAGGAAAUUGGGAUAUUCUUGAAGGUCAAAGUUGCCAAACUUACGAAAUUUCUGGUGGGACUUAAAAAAGAAAUUUAUUACACUUAACCACUAUCUUAGUUGAAUAAAGAAUAAAAAAUAUAUUUCUUUAUUUUUAUUAWUGUCACACUUACCUUUUAUUUACUUAUUCAUACUAUUACGCUUAUGUAGGUACAUGUUUUAAAGAUUGCCCUGCGCCACUGUGCCCCCGGCCAGUGUUUCUGCUUUAAACCAAUAUAACUAUUCAAACACAAAAUUUAUUUUUUGUGUUUCCACAACGUUUUAUGAACUUUUGGACCUCUAGAAGUGUAUUUGGAUCAAUUUUGAGGUUUUCAAUUUUUUGAUUUUUGUCGAAAUUUUGGUCGAUCUUCGACUUUGUGCUCUAGUCUAAUAUAUUCUUAUAAAAUUUUAUUUUUUUUUUAAUUUUUGUGUUUUCACGACGUUCUAUGCAAUGAGCAUUUCGAUCAAUUUUGAAGUUUUCAAUUUUUAAAUUUGUGACAAAAUUUUGGUCGAUUUUCGAUACCCGGAGUCAAUCGUCAAUAACUCCGGAAUCAUUAGUGAUAGCCCCUUAGGUUUAGUACCUUUGGAAAAAAAAUUUAAUUUUCUAUUACUUACAAAAAAUAUCAGUGAUCUGCGAUAAAUAAUUAUCGAGAAAAUUGCUGAUAAAGUCCAAAUUCGACUAUAACUUCUAGACUAUUGCAAAUUUUGCUUUUUUUUGUAACAUAUCGACUUGAAAGUGGUGCCAUUCAUACAUUUUUUACGCUGAUUACGAUGUUGUCGGACUUUUUCCGAUAGUUUUGCCAUAAUCGGCAUUGAAAAGUAAAAAUUGUAAAGUUUUUUACGAUUUUUACGAUUUACUAAACUGAAAAAAAUCGUAAUUUUUCAAAUUUGUCCCCGUAACGUUUUGUGCWCUUUUCUGCAAGAUUUUUGCAAUAAAAAGAUUAUUUAAAAUAUUAAACGAUUCACCAAAUAAUUUUACAAAUUUUAUAAAAAAAAUUACCCUU